AGAAUCUGCAAGAGUGGGGUGACUCCCCGAGCGAUAGGAACUUGGGAUGUUUUGUGCAAGGCGAGCUGUUCGAAUAUUUGGUCGCAGAGGGCGUUCUGUGGCUUUGCGAUCAACUCUUUGUGAGUUACAUUCACAGGUACAGCGAAGAACAGUGUUAGUUUGGUCCACGAGAGAUGUGCCACGCUUCAGACACGUGCUCUCCACAAGUCUACCAAAAUGUGGCUUUCGCUGGUUCAGCUCAGAGGGUCUACCCCCUCACACAAAAGUAAAACUACCAGCUUUGUCACCAACAAUGGAAAUGGGAACCAUUGUGAGCUGGGACAAGCAGGAAGGUGAUGAACUUAGUGAAGGAGAUCUGCUAGCACAGAUUGAAACAGACAAGGCCACAAUGGAAUUUGAAACCCCUGAGGAAGGCUUCCUUGCCAAGAUUUUAAUUCCUGCUGGUUCCAAAGAUGUUCCUAUUGGUAAACUUUUGUGUAUUAUUGUUGAAAAGAAAGAAGAUGUUGCAGCAUUUGAGUCUUUUGUGCCUGAAGAGACAGCUGCACCACCUGCAGAGAAGCCUGCAGAACCAGCAGCUGCUGCUGCUCCUCCCCCACCCCCAGCACCAUCUCCCCCACCCCCUCCUCAGCCUGUGACUCUUGCCCCUCCCUCUCCCCCAGCAGCUGCACCAGGUGGUAGAGUAUUUGCCAGUCCUCUGGCAAGAAAGAUGGCUCAGGAGAAAGGCAUAGAAUUAAGUUCUCUUCAGGGGAGUGGUCCUGGUGGACGGGUGAUAGCACAAGAUGUGACCGGUGCAACUCCUGUUGUUGCAGCAACUGCACCUGCACCAGUUUAUGUACCAGGUGCAGAGUUUACUGAUAUUCCUCUAUCAAAUGUUAGAAAGGUUAUUGCUAGAAGACUUCUUGAAUCAAAGCAGACAAUUCCACAUUAUUACCUGUCAGUGGAUAUCAGAUUGGAUGAUUUGCUCGAAGUAAGAAAGCAACUGAAUGCAGAUUCUAAUGAAGAAUACAAACUCUCAGUCAACGACUUCGUCCUAAAGGCCUGUGCUUUGGCCUCUAAAAAGGUUCCAGAAGCAAACUCGUCGUGGAUGACGGAUUUCAUCAGACAACACCAUAAUGUUGACGUUAGUGUUGCUGUGAGUACAGAAUUUGGAUUGAUCACACCCAUAGUUUUCAAUGCGGAUAAAAAGGGCUUACAAGAGAUAAACGCUGAUGUAACUACUUUAGCCCACAAAGCCAGAGAUAACAAACUUCAACCUCAUGAGUUCCAGGGAGGCACAAUUACAGUGUCUAAUCUUGGGAUGUACGGUGUUAAGAACUUUUCCGCCAUUAUCAACCCCCCUCAGGCCUGCAUUUUAGCUGUUGGAAAGGCAGAAAAACAGGUCGUUGUGGACGAAAAUAGCGAAAAGGGAUACACAACCGGAACAAUGAUGUCUGUCACUUUGAGCUGCGAUCACCGAGUUGUUGAUGGCGCUGUUGGAGCGCAAUGGCUGUCAGCUUUUAAAAGCUAUUUAGAGAAACCCCUUACAAUGUUGUUGUGAAGGGAAAGCCAAUUUAAAUCAUGGAACAGCACUCACGGGGAAGCCAGGCCUGGCGAAUUUACUUCUGAAACACAGUAAAAUACCUUAUUCCAAGAGAUUCUGAAUU